AUGAUCGGGCUCCCCUCGUGUGUCACCUACAGGGGCACGCGGGUGGCACGCGGGGACCCGGUGUUCCCGGAGCAGCCGGACGCCAGCGGGACCUUCCCGGACGGGCAGCCCCUGCCCAGGGACAGGCGCGGCAAGUUCGUCUACGUCUGGUGGACAUGGGCCCACUGUGGUACGGGCACCCAGCGCGCGCUGCCCGACGGCCGCGUGGUGUGGGGGCAGGACUGCACCGUCAACGGCACGCGGGUGGCACGCGGGGACCCGGUGUUCCCGGAGCAGCCGGACGCCAGCGGGACCUUCCCGGACGGGCAGCCCCUGCCCAGGGACAGGCGCGGCAAGUUCGUCUACGUCUGGUGGACAUGGGGCACGCGGGUGGCACGCGGGGACCCGGUGUUCCCGGAGCAGCCGGACGCCAGCGGGACCUUCCCGGACGGGCAGCCCCUGCCCAGGGACAGGCGCGGCAAGUUCGUCUACGUCUGGUGGACAUGGGACCAAGUCCCGCUCACCGUGGACGUGUCGCAGCUGCAGGACGCGGUGACGAGCGACGGCCGCUUCGUGCGGAACCGCGCCGUGGCCUUCGCCGUGCGCCUGCACGACCCCAGCCGCUACCUGCGCCACGCCGACGUGUCCUACUCGUGGGACUUCGGCGACCAGAGCGGCACGCUGAUCUCGCGCAGCGCCACCGUCACCCACACCUACCGCGACACCGGCACCUUCUCGGCCCGCCUGGUGCUCCAGGCCGCCAUCCCGCUCAGCCCCUGCGGGCCCAGCACCGCGCCGGCCACCGCGCCCGCGGCCACCACGGCCACCGAGCCCGCGGCCACCACCCCGCCCGUGGGACAGAGCACGGCGGCGGCCAGCACCGCCCCCGCAGCCUCCGGGGAGCCGGCGGAGCCCACGGGGGGCUCGGCGGCGGAACCCUCGGACCCCGCUGUCACCGAGCCCUCUGUCCCCGUUGUCACCGAGCCCUCUGUCCCCGUUGUCACCGAGCCCUCUGUCCCCUCCGCCACCGAUCCCGCUGGCACCGCCGCUGUCGUCGAGCCCUCUGUCGCCGCUGUCACCGAGCUCUCUGUCCCCUCCGCCACCGCCGCCGCUGCGGCUGCCAGCACCGCGGCUGUCGCCUCCUCCGUGUCCCCCGCUGUCGCCACCGCGGCUGGGGACACCUCUGUCCCCGCGGUGCCCCUGGAAGGGACAGCGGCUGCAGACGCGGCGACAGACGGAGGCGCGGGUGAUGUCACAGCUGCGGCCACCGCUGGAUCGGCCACCGCUGGAUCGGCCACAGAUGGAUCUGCCACAGCUGGAUCUGCCACAGCUGGAUCGGCCACCGCUGGAUCGGCUACAGCUGGAUCUGCCCUCGAUGCCACCGCCGCAGCCACGCUCGGUGUCACGGCGGACGCCACCACAGGAGCCACCGUGGGAGCCACUGCCGCGUCCCUGGCCGCUGCCACAGCUGCGGCCACAUCUGGCGCCACAUCCGGCGCCACAGCUGGCAGCACAGCUGGCAGCACAGCUGGCAGCACGGCCCAGCCGCUGGCACUGGUCAAGCGCCAGGCCCCGGCCGAGGACUCGCCCGGCUGCGUCCUGUUCCGCUACGGCACCUUCGCCACCCAGCUGGACAUCGUCCAGGGCAUCGAGAGCGUGGCCAUCGUGCAGGUGGUGCCCGAGGGCGGCGGCAGCAGCGUGGAGCUGACGGUGACGUGCGAGGGCGGGGUGCCCGAGGAGGUGUGCACGGUGGUGGCGGACGCCGAGUGUCGCACGGCGGAGGCGGAGUCGUGCUCGGCGGUGUCGCCGUCGCCCGGCUGCGAGCUCGUGCUGCGCCAGGACUUCAACCGCUCCGGCCUCUUCUGCCUCAACCUGUCCCUGGCCAACGGCAACGGGCUGGCCGUGGCCACCACCCGGCUGGCCGUGGGAGGAGCCGCCCCGGCCACCGGGCGCACCACGCUGUUCGUGGGACUCGUGCUGGUGGCGGCCGCCCUGGGCACGGCCGCGUACACCUACAGGUGACAGUGGGGACACCGGGGGCAUUGGGGACACGGGGGGCAUUGGGGACAGUGGGGACAGUGGGGACAGUGGGGACAUUU